AUGUUGGAGGCAUUUUUCAACAACGUCGGUGGAGUUUAUACCACUGAUUUCCCAAGUACUCCACCAGUGAGAUUUGAUUACACAAACCCUAAUAACAGCCUCAAUCGGGCAAUCAUAAUGACUACGAAGUCGACAAAAGUAAAGGAAGUUAAGUACAAUGCAACGGUAGAGAUUGUGAUGCAGAAUACAGCUUUAAUUGGGAUCGAAAAUCAUCCUAUACACUUGCAUGGAUUCAACUUCUAUGUUUUGGCUCAAGGAUUUGGCAACUUCAAUAGGACUAGGGACAGCAAAAAAUUCAAUUUUGUUAACCCACAAGAGCGUAAUACCAUUGGAGUACCAGUUGGAGGAUGGGCUGUGGUCAGAUUUCGAGCAAAUAAUCCAGGUGUAUGGUUGAUGCAUUGUCAUUUGGAUGUACACUUGCCUUGGGGUCUUGCGACUGCUUUGGUUGUCGAGAAUGGACCGACCCCGUCAACAAGAUUGCCACCACCUCCUCCAGAUCUUCCUAAAUGUUAAUAUUCUUCAGAAAUAUUAUUUAUUAUUGUACUGUUAUUGUUUAUUUGAUUGUUUUUAUUUAUUUGUA